UCUCUUCGAGUACCAGAGAUACCUCUCAGUAGUGUAGCUCUUCGGAGCAAUACCCUCGUACCACAACACUACGUCGUCCCUCUCACGGCAUUUCGCGCAUAUGCCAAUGGACGUGGACGUCCACACCCUCCAGGUGGCACACAUCGUAUGGACUUAGGGGGGGGUGGGGAAGAGAAAUCAGCAUUGGAGCAAUAUGGAGUCGAUUUGACUGCUCGAGCCAAAGACGGGAAGCUAGAUCCUGUCAUAGGAAGAGACGCAGAGAUCUAUCGAACGAUCCAAGUACUAUCUCGACGUACGAAGAACAACCCAGUACUCAUCGGAAGUGCAGGAACUGGCAAGACGGCUAUAUUGGAAGGAUUGGCUCAAAGAAUAAUCAGAGGCGAUGUUCCUGAGAGUAUCAAGGACAAGAAGGUUAUAUCAUUGGAUCUUGGCCAGCUCAUCGCAGGAGCGAAGUUUCGUGGCGACUUUGAAGAGAGACUGAAGGCUGUCUUGAAAGAAGUCCAAGAAGCUCAUGGUGGCAUUAUUCUUUUCGUGGAUGAACUCCACACUUUGCUUGGCCUAGGCAAAGCAGAGGGAUCCAUAGAUGCAAGUAACCUUCUCAAGCCAGCACUCUCAAGAGGCGAAUUGCAAUGCUGUGGAGCUACAACUCUCAAUGAGUAUCGAUUAAUUGAAAAGGAUGUUGCCCUUGCAAGACGUUUUCAGCCUAUUCAAGUCAAUGAACCCUCCAUUCAAGACACUAUCAGUAUACUUCGAGGCAUCAAAGAGAAGUACGAAGUUCACCACGGUGUGCGCAUCACAGAUGGCGCACUUGUCGCGGCAGCCACAUACAGCAAUCGAUACAUUACAGACAGAUUCCUACCCGAUAAAGCUAUAGAUCUUAUGGACGAAGCAGCCAGCGGCUUGCGAUUACAACAAGAAAGCAAGCCAGAAGAUAUCAUGCGCCUGGAUCAGAGGAUCAUGACGAUUCAAAUCGAGUUGGAAAGCUUACGCAAAGAAACCGAUGUUGCUAGCAGAGAGCGAAGAGAGAAGCUGGAAUCUGAUCUUAAGGAAUGCCAAGCUGAGGCAGCCACGCUCACGGAGAAGUGGGAAAAGGAGAGAGCAGAAAUUGAUGCCAUCAAGAAGACCAAGGAAGACUUGGAAAAAGCUAGGAUAGAACUCGAUCAAGCACAGCGAGAGAACAACUUUGCGCGUGCUGGAGAGUUGCGGUAUGCGGUCAUCCCCGCCAUGGAGGCGAAGUUACCCAAAGAUGGCGAGCCAACCGGAGCCUCGGGAGAAGGCACUUUGAUCCACGAUGCUGUUACUGCUGAUGACAUCGCUGCUGUGGUUUCACGAGUCACUGGCAUUCCAGUCACCAAGUUGACAUCUGGACAUGCCGAGAAAUUGAUCCACAUGGAAGACACUUUACGGGAGUCCGUCUGUGGCCAGGAUGAAGCUCUACAUGCUGUUGCAAACGCAGUGAGGAUGCAAAGAGCUGGCCUCAAUGGAGAGAAACGACCAUUGGCCUCCUUCUUCUUCCUCGGCCCUACAGGUGUUGGAAAGACAGAACUUUGUAAAAAGAUGGCAAACUUCUUGUUCUCCACAGAAUCAGCCGUUGUUCGUUUUGACAUGAGCGAAUUCCAAGAAAAGCAUACCAUUUCUCGUCUAAUUGGAAGCCCUGCUGGUUAUGUCGGAUACGAUGAUGCCGGUCAACUUACAGAAGCAGUCCGACGAAAGCCCUAUGCUGUACUUCUUUUCGACGAAUUCGAGAAAGCCCACAGAGACAUUUCCGCACUUCUGCUACAAGUUCUGGACGAAGGAUUCUUGACUGACAGCCAAGGCCACAAGAUUGAUUUCCGCAAUACCCUCAUCGUCUUUACCUCGAACCUUGGAGCAGAUAUACUUGUUGGCAACGACCCAAUUCACCCUUAUCACGAAGAACCAAAUGGCGACAUCGCUCCUAAUGUUAAGAACGCUGUUAUGGACGUCGUACAACACAACUAUGCACCUGAAUUCCUGAACAGAAUCGACGAGUUCAUCAUCUUCAAACGCCUUUCCACGGACGCUCUCCGUGACAUCGUAGACAUUCGUCUCAAGGAACUUCAAACACGUCUCCACGACCGUCGUAUCACUCUCUCCGUUGAUGAAACUGUUCGUGUCUGGCUUGCUGAGCGAGGCUAUGAUCCAAAAUUCGGAGCCAGACCUCUCAAUAGGCUCAUUUCCAAGGAAAUUGGCAAUGGACUGGCGGAUAAGAUCAUUCGAGGAGAGCUGAAGACUGGUGAGACAGCAGUGGUCAAGAUCAAUAAGAGUGGAGAUGGUUUGGAUGUCGGUACUACCGAGUCCUUUGAGAACUAAAUAUAUAUAUAUAUAUUACUAUAAAGAAAGUGUGUUUAGCGGCAUUGGGUGGCGAAUCUCUACUCUAUGGGGGUUGUGGAGUUGGAGUCAGAAGAACUACGGUGUAUAAUACAUGUUCUCCUAUCUCUGGAUAUAUAUCGACGGAUUUCCUUCACUUGGACCUUCUGAAAGAUGAAAGAUGUGAUAUUCUUCAUGCACCGAGUAACAACAUUCGACAAAUAUAAUGCUCUCAUGCCACCCUUAUUCCCAGAAGCCCUCCAUCCUCUAUGAUCCACACGUACAAGACAACGCCAACCACUAAAGUAGACUUUCGAACGAACUUUACUUUUGGCGGCCUUCUCAUAAACAGUAUUUCCAACAUCUAGAGCUUGAUUGGUCAUAAACCUGAACUUUAUAUGAGAAACACCUUGAUGGUUGAUGUUCCCUGAGUUUUCCUACCCUGAUGGCACUGUACCUCGCUUCGAACACUGUUUCGUACACUCAG